GGCAGUUGUCUUGUGAUAGAUUACAGGUCAAACCAAAAGUGUUAUGUUUGUUACAGAGAGUCUGAGCUACACAAUUUUAUGACAAGUUUAAUGGAAAUUAGGAGGAGGGGAAAAGAUGAAUGAAUGAGAGUGAAGGCAGCAGAUGUUUUCUCUGAACAUCUGUCAUCUCCUUCACACACUCCUGUAAGUAAUUUAUCUUCAUUUGUGCCAUCAGCAGGCUGUUAGACGUGGAGAGAUUUGCCCUGUAUACACACACACAUUAUGGAUGGAUUUUCAUAUGAGACCGUGCACAUUAUGUCAUGGGUCAGCGACUGUAAGACAGGCAUUUGAUCUUAUGCCUGUGGCUGCGAGGACUUAGAGAUAUGUUUUAAAAUGAAAUGCAGAAAAAUCAGGGUGAAUGUAAACAGGAAGAACCUUGUCCGGGAUUAUACUCUGAGCUCAUAGUAAUCUUUUUUCUUAUUAAUAUGCUCAAAGGGAGUCUGGAAUAUAAUUUGCCAUUUGUAAUGGAUAAUAUUUGCAGGCAAAGAUUUGUAGAAGGGGAGGAGCGACGGGGUUGGACGAGCAGCAGAGAGUUGAAAUGAAGCAGAGGAAAACAAAGAGUCACUGGAUUGCCAUGGGCUUCUAUUGUUUCUGCGGAAGUGGAGAUAAUGAAUGCUUCAAUCAAGGUGGCAGCACCUCAUUAGACCCAGUGGAGGGAUAUGCACAGUUCUCACCCAAGGAGCCCCAAAGGCAACGAGAUUAUGAAGAUUUGAUGCAUCUGCUGGGAGGCGAAACACGGUGGCUACAUAUCGAAAGCCAGGAUUAGUUGCCUUUUCAUUUCAUCUCCUUUUUGGCCCUGGCCUCGACCAUGAGGCUAGAGCACGGGCGGCGGGCUUCCCUGGCGCUCACCCUCAACUUUGUGGCGUUUGCUUUUGCCUUAUCGGCGGUGACCACCAGCUACUGGUGCGAGGGGACCAGGAAGGUGGCCAAGCCCUUCUGCACGGGGCCACCACUCAAAGUGAAGCAGUGGUUCUGCAUCCGCUUCAACAGCUCCAAUAUCAACGACACCCGGCUGGUGCAGUACAUCUUUGAGACCGGGGAGGAGAAGUUUCUGUUGAGGAAGUUCCACACAGGGAUAUUUUUCUCCUGCGAGCAGGCCGCCGACAUGAACGGGUUUGACUGUCGAGACUUUUCAGAGAUUGCACCAGAACAUGAAAGAGGGGUCCUGUGGUUGUGUAUCGUGGCUGAGACUCUGUACCUCACCCUGCUCUUCACAGGGGGGGCUCUGAUGACUCUGGAGCAGUGUCCCUGCUUCAGUAUCAUGAACAAACUGAAGCUCAGUGCCUUCGCCGCCUUGUGCACUGCCCUGUCAGGCCUUUGUGGGAUGGUGGCCCACAUGAUGUUUACCACCAUAUUCCAGCUGGCUGUCGCGAUGGGGCCAGAAGAUUGGAGGCCCAAGACCUGGGACUACAGCUGGUCUUAUGUCUUAGCAUGGGGCUCUUUCGGCACCUGCAUGGGCUCUGCAGUGACAGCGCUGAACAGAUACACAAAGACCAUCAUAGAGUUUAAAUACAAGCGGCGGAACAUUGAGAAAAGCCUGAUGAUCAAGCAGAAGAUGAUGGAGCUGGACCUCCCCGAGCAGAUGUGGGACAUGUACCUGACCGCCGUGCCCGCCGACACAGAGGCACCGCUUGAACUGCCGGCUAACGGCCACAAACCCUCCACGGGAACAACAUAUGUGGUGGAAAUGGACAGUGCACCAGAACAACAAGGAGAGGCGUACUGCUAAAAAUGGAGUCUCUGUCCCUGUCCCUGUUCCUGUUCCUGCCCCCCAUUGGACCAGUUUACAGGGAUGAUUUCCUGGACCCAGAUUGACUCUUGUUCUUGGAUUUAAAUUUCUAAUUCAGGAGAAUGUUUGUUUGUUUGGUUCCUUGACACACAUUGGAUGUAAAUGGAAAUAACGUAACAUGGUCUGCUUUGACCCGACACGCAUUUUAUCAAAUCUUUCCAUCCAAUAUUAUUAGUGGGAGGAAGGGAGGAAGGCUGCAAUUUCAGUGUCUUCACACAAAGCUGUGUCGAGCAGCAGCUCAGACCCUUUACAUAUCUUUCAACUUAGGAGAUUCUUUGGAUCUCAAUGAUACGCAAAAUGUCCACACAGGAAAGAGAUGGGAAACAAUUACAAAGAGAUACAAAUCUCAAAGACACUAAACGACUGCAAGACACAAAAAAUUAGUAGAAAUAAUGUGGUUGACUGUUAUGUGUCUCUUUCAGUCUUGGAUUCUUGCUCCUACUGUAUGAAGGAGGGGUGAGGGGCAUUUUAAAUGUUUGUUACCAUGGCCCCGUUGUCUUGUCGUUGAGAUUAUACUUGUUAACAAAAAGUACAUUUUGCUGUAUUGAUGAUCGGUACCUGGCAGGAAAAUUUACAGUAUCUGUGAGCAAGAAAUGGAAGGAACAAAUCUACUUUAUUCUAAUUUAAAUCAGGAAUUUGCUUUUAAUCUCCCCUUGGUUUUAUUGAAACAGCUGCCAUCUUUACGACUUCUCUGAUGCUUUUUGAUCAGUUCUUAUUGGUGUAAUGGUUUGACAGCACCAGACCAGAAUAUGACUGAGUGAGGGGAAAUGUCUUUAAUGGAGAAAGACUGACAUCUACUGGAACUAAAGUAUAUUAAACACAAAAUGUGGACAUCUUUGUUUUUCUAGCACAACACAGAAAUGGAUUUCUGUAUCCUCUGAUCAUGCAGUAUGUGUGUUACUGAAGAUGUGAAAUAAAAUAUGAGUGUGCUCUUAUAAGUGAUUGGUGAUUCUCCUGAAAACAAACGACUCUACAAGAUCCAAUUAAAACUUGUAUUACUGUUGAACUCGGUUUCAUAUCGUUUGGUUUCGUCCUGAAGACUCUUUCCCGUUUGACUCUCACAUGAACUGAUGCUGUUGUUUCAGUCGAGCCAAAGUUUUUUCCUGCAGCAGUAAUCUGUUGGGUGGCGAGAAUCCAAGAUAUACUGUGUUUGCCCGACAUCUGCUGAUUUCACCGUCAUAGCUACAGGAAAAUUACAGUUUCUGCAGCUCGUUCCUUCCAGUUAUGAUAUAAUCUUGUGAUGCAUGAUUGCAUGAUUUUGGCAGAGUGUUUUUCAGUGUUAUUUCUGAAAUGGGCCUUAUUUUUGAAUGUUUUGGGGUGUAAACGAUUGAUGUAGGUCGGUACAACUUUCUCUUAAUGCUGCAUCUUGUCAUUUUCUUUACAGAAAUAAUCAUUUUUAUUUUGAAUUACAUGGACAGUCAAGUCAGAGAAGAAAAGUUCAUGUCUGAAUUGUCAACAACACACAACAUUAUGCUCUGGUUAAAUAUUACAGUCAUAAUAAAUAUUGAAUUGCCUUGUUCCAACAUUGAAAAAUAAGUUUGUGAGGAAUAAUACCAGAUUAAAAGUGCAAUAUUAAGAAAAUAAAAGCAUCAAUUUGCAAGUUUCACAUCAACAAAAACCCAUGAAAAUAAAAUCAAUAUUGCUCAGCAACUUCACCUUGAUUUUGCGUAACUUUACUCAUAUUAAAUUUAUGAUUCUUUAGAAAUUAUAUGAAUCAUACUGUGCCUCAAACAAACAAUUGUCAUUCACAACUACAA